AUGCCCGCUGACAUGAUGGAGAAAAACUCCUCCCCGGUCGCGGCGACCCCGGCCAGCGUCAGCGCGACGCCGGACAAACCCAAGACCGCGUCCGAGCACCGCAAGUCCUCCAAGCCCAUCAUGGAGAAGCGGCGGCGGGCGAGGAUCAACGAGAGCCUGAGCCAGCUGAAAACCCUCAUCCUGGACGCGCUCAAGAAAGACAGCUCGCGGCACUCCAAGCUGGAGAAGGCCGAUAUCCUGGAGAUGACCGUGAAGCAUCUCCGGAGCCUGCAGCGCGCCCAGAUGACGGCUGCUCUCAGCACGGACCCCACGGUGCUGGGCAAGUACCGGGCCGGCUUCAGCGAGUGCAUGAACGAGGUGACCCGCUUCCUCUCCACCUGCGAGGGGGUGAACACCGAGGUGCGCACCCGUCUCCUAGGUCACCUGGCCAGCUGCAUGACCCAGAUCAAUGCCAUGAACUACCCGGCACAGCCACCGCCACUGCCCCCACCCGGGGCUCCGCACGCCUCCUUCGGGCAGCCGCUGGUGCAGAUCCCCGCGGGGGCAGCACCCCCAGGCGGCGGUGUGGUGCCGCUCAGCGGGAUGCCUUGCAAGUUGGGGAGCCUGGCGGGGGAGGCCACCAAGGUGUACGGUGGCUUCCAGCUGGUGCCUGCCUCGGACGGCCAGUUCGCCUUUCUCAUCCCCAACACCUUCGCGCCUGGCGGGGCCGUGGUGCCAUUGUAUCCCAGCGGCGGGCCGGGCUCUGGGGGCCCCACCGGCGGGCCUUCGCUCACAGCGGACUCUGUGUGGCGGCCCUGGUGA